UGUUUCCCGGGAAGCGAAGCAGAUUUGACAUGUUAAACCGUUGAGAUCUCUGGUCAGGACUCCCUGGGAGCAAAGGAGAAGGCGGUCAGAAAACGAUGCAGAAAACAGCACAAGCGUGGUUUUCAGGGGGACCAAGCAGCGAUCUCCAGAAAGCGCCUUCAUCUCUGUUAGCGGAUUGGAACGCUUAUGCGGCUUCAAGAGAAUCCGAGGACGCGGAGUCUUCUUCCGGGUUAGGGUUUGAUCUCGAAGCUGCUGUCAGAACCGCCAAUGAUAAAGUUUCCGGCACUUUUAAUGUGGUAUCGAAGGGAGUGAGGGAUCUGCCAGGGAAUUUCCAAUCUGCCACAAGUAGUGUCCCUUCUGGAAAAUCUCUCUUGUACUUCGGCAUCUUGCUUGCUUCUGGUGUGUUCUUCAUUAUAAUAGCAUUCUCCAUUUUCCUUCCUGUUAUGGUGAUAGCACCCCAAAAGUUUGCUCUAUGCUUCACAAUUGGCUGUGCCUUUAUCAUUGGCUCAUUCUUUGCCCUUAAAGGCCCAAAAGAUCAGCUUGGACACAUGUCAUCAAAAGAGAGACUACCUUUUACUUUGGGAUUUAUAGGCAGCACCGUGGGAACGAUAUAUGUUUCUAUGGUGCUUCACAGCUAUAUUCUCUCUGUUUUCUUCUCUUUGUUACAGGUGAUUGCACUAUCGUACUAUGCGAUUUCUUACUUUCCUGGUGGAUCGGCUGGACUAAAGUUUCUUUUCUCAACGCUUACCUCUUCUUUGCUAAGAUGUUUUGGAAGGUGAUAUCAGGUUCUUGUUUAUCCGUACGUCUACAUCAUCAUUUGCAGAAGUGUAGCUAGUCUGAUGACGAAUCUGACAUCUUUAAAUUCAAGGAUGCUGCCAUUGCGUGUGUUGUAUUGUUCAUCACAAAGUUUUUAUUGUGCCCUUUAAAUUCUUAAUUUUAUGUGUAUAUUUUUUAAUCCCAUUUUGGUGGAUAUACUGAUUUCAAGUGAUGGAAUAGUCUUGCUUUGUUUGGAGCGGCAAAAAAGAAUUUGAAAGAGAAAGAGGCCAAAGGAUGGAGAUUGUCAAUUGAGUUGGCGCCUGCUAUAUUUUAGUGCUUCACCAGCAUGAUGUGAACACGCUUUCUGACAUCCAUUAGAACAUGUAAUAGACAAUGAAAGCGGACUAAAUAACAAAUGUAUCUGUUAAUAUUU